GACCUCGCACAAUCGAAUUACUUGCCUAAUCACAACAUCAAUCCGAACAGCAUUUCAAGUUUUGGCCAAUUAUGGAAAUUCACAGCUCCUGCAAGUUCAAACGGUCUUGCGGAACAGUUCCAGGCCACACCUCUGGUUUAUACUCCCAGCAGCACAGGAGUGCAGGUUGUUCUUGCGUUUUCGAUGCAAAAUAAGAUAUACUCCCUAGAUGCCGUCAAUGGUACCCUUUAUGCCAGUCGAGACCUUUCAUCUGGUGGAGAAGUGCCAUUUCUGGCCACUGACCUUCCCGGGUGCUACGAUAUUACCCCCUUUAUUGGGAUCACUGGCACUCCUGUGAUUGAUCCUACCACCGACACAAUCUAUUUUUGGGCGAAGAGUUAUGGGUCUGCUAGUCAGUCAGGUUCUGGGUGGCAGAAUGGCAUUUAUCGUUUCCAUGCUAUCGAUGCGGUCACUCUUCAAGAAAAGCGUGGCUUUCCAGUCGUCCUUCAAGGCCAUCCAGCUGAUAACGACCCCGCUCGCUAUUUCACAGGAGGGAACCACAUGCAGCGGACAGGCUUAAGUAUCGUGAAUGGUGCCAUUUACGCGGGAUUUGCAGCCCACUGUGAUUUUUACAACUACACCGGUUGGGUCGUGGGGAUGAGCACAUCCGGCAGCAUCUUAACAGCUUACGCUACGAUGGGCGGCCCUGGCUCCCAGCCUCAGGACGGCACUUGGAAUGGCGGCGGUGGUGGAGGAGGCGUUUGGAUGGGCGGUGCCGCCAUUGCAUCAGAUCGUUCAGAUCGGAUAUUCUUCACUACUGGAAAUGGCUUGAAAGCAAGGGAUAACGGAGACAACCCAGCCUCAGGGCGAGUUCAUCUGGACACCCUCAGCGAAGCUAUCGUUAAUUUGGCGAUCAAUCCGACUACGAAGGCUUUGACGCAACAAGACUAUUUCGAACCUGCAGCGUACCUUGCCAUGGAUCAAGUGGAUGUCGAUCUCGGAUCUGGUGGUCUCGUGUUACCGGAUACGAGUGUGUUCAAUGGCAAGGGAGUUUCCGGCAUUGCUAUCGCUUGUGGCAAAAAUAGUGUGUGUUUUGUGGUGAACAGAGACAACUUGGGCGGGUACAAAAUGGGGUCUGCUGCCGGAGAUGCUGUCAUUCAAGCAUUCCGCCCACCAAAUGGCGAGCCUAUUUGGCAGGCCGGGGCUGCGUACCCACUUGAGGGAGGAUAUUUCUACCUGAACCCGGCAAAUUCUCCAACUUAUGUUUACAGCCUUGGAUUUACGGGCGCUGGUCUCCCCAGUUUCACUUUGGCUGCAAAAACCGCUGAGUAUGCUCCUGCUCAUGCUGGGGUGGGCCCGCCAGUCAUCACAACAUAUCAAGGGCAAGCAGGAACAGCUAUCGUAUGGGUUUGUGAUCCCAAUAACAGGCUCAGAGCAUAUUAUGCUGUUCCUCAGAAUGGCAAGAUGGUCCGCAUUACUCUGCCAGCAAGUCCCGCAGUCAACAAGUUUCAGCGUCCGGCGUUUGGCAAUGGCCGAUACUACCUCGCAAGCAAUAACGGUGCUGUUUAUGGUUAUGGUUCCCCUUCCGCGAUGCCGCUGACAUGCAACUCGCUCAACUUCGGCUCGGUUUUGAUUGGCAAUUCUUCCAGUAUGACAAUGACAUGUACUGUUAAGACUCCGAUCACAGUUCUGGGGAUGAUUCUCGGCGGCGGAGGCCUGUUUCAAUCUCAGAACUCAAGUCUUCCAAGUACCAAAUUAGCCACUGGAAGCACGUUCUCCUUCCCGGUCGUUUUCAACUUGACACAAUAUACAUCAUCCCCAGCCGUUCAGACGGCAGUCCUGAACCUGCUCACGAACAACACUGUGGCUGGGUUCUCUACUCAAGUUCCAAUUUCCAUGACAGGCAAAGCUUCGAGCAACAACCCCAUUCUCUCUAUGAGCCCCUUACAAGUCAGCUUUCCGGGUCUUGUUGUACCCUCUGCCCAAUCUAAUGCGGGUUCGGUGAGCUCCUUGGUCAUCAGCAACCUCGGUCAGAAUGCCAUGAACAUAACCGGCUAUGCCUUUGCUACCGGACCAUACAACAAUAGCGCCAACUCACCUGUCACCAAUGUCACAUUCAACAAAGGAGUCGCCGUUUUGGAUGUCAACGGUUAUUUCACCUCCUCGGACCUUCCGCCUGUGGGCACGAUUAUUCAAGGAGGUGCUGCUACGACAGUAAAUCUGUUAUUCAACACAACGGUGCUUGGAAGUUAUUUCAGUACUUUUGUUGUAUACUCCACUGGCGGCUCCAAUUUCGCUGUCUUGACUGCAAGCGCUACAAGUCCCCCCAUUGCCCUCUUCGAAAAGUCCAACAGUAGCAGCCCAACGAAUUGGACAACCAUCCCUGACUGCUCAUCACCUACCGCUGGCUGCACGACUAACAUUGACAUGGGCAAUUCCUCCGACUUUGCAAGCACGAGCGUUAUGCUCCGCUUUACCAAUCACGGAGGCUCUGCCCUGACCGUCGACAAGUCGAAACCUCCGAUCGGAGGAGUCAUCUUCGCUGAGAACCCCGACACGGAAUUUACUGAGGCACUGUCAAUCGCGCCGAACACAUCUUCUACAGCAACAAUCUUGUUCCAGCCGGCAGCACCUGUCCUAAACUCCCCCAACAAGCAGUAUUCUGCGCUCUGGACACUGAAUACCAAUGAUGUCAAGUUCGGUGUUCAUGUUGUCAACUUUACGGGAACUGUAAUAUCAAAAAAGGCAGGCCCAAUGAAGGCGAACGGGGAUGCAUUAUACCAAUACCUUGGCUGUUACCAGGACAGCGUGAAUUUCCGCAUUGAGGCGAAAGGAUAUCAGAACCCUAAUGUCAACACCAACGGCUUGUGUCAGAAUCAGUCAUACGCUGCUGGAGCUGUGUUCGCAGGGACCGAGUAUCAAGUUGAAUGUUGGGUGGGAAAUGUUAUUCCGAGUCCCAGCCUGAAAGUCUCUGACUCGUUGUGCAAUUAUCAAUGCGCCGGCGACAACACACAGAUCUGCGGCGGAAAUGGUGGUUAUAUAUCCCUUUACUACGACUCAAGUCGCUACUUCCCUUCGAACGGUACGAUCAUCGGCACCUCAGGGAAAGGCCCCGCACUUGUACCUACAAUUGGAAAUUACAGCUAUCAGGGGUGUUUAGAUCUCGAUUCCGCGAAUCCACGGCCCUUGACUGAUCGCACUCUGCAAAACAACGCCGCUGAGUCGAUUGAGGCUUGUGCGAAAUAUUGCACUGGGUAUACGUACUUUGGAAUGGAGUAUGGGCAAGAAUGUUAUUGCGGUAACACCAUUUUGGCUUCUUCCACUGUAGCGACAGACGGACGUUGCAAUAUGGCGUGCCCAGGCAAGGCAACUGAAGUCUGCGGUGGUCCAGGCGGCCUCUCUUUAUACAAAGCAUCUGCCUUGCCAUCGCCCACACCAUCCGCCUCGGCACCUGCAUAUACCUACGUUGGCUGCCAGAGCGACAAUGGCAAUGCAAGGACGUUGAUUUCGCUGGUCGUUACUAGCCCUGCCAUGACUGUGGAGCUUUGCACUUCUUUCUGUGCAGGAUAUAGCUACUUUGGAGUCGAGUAUGCAGAUGAGUGUUAUUGCGGUAACACCCUCGCAGCCGGCUCGGCUCUUGUGACUGAUGGAAGAUGUUCUAUGGCAUGCGCCGGUAAUGCUACCGAGACCUGCGGCGGUGCAGGUGGCCUCUCACUCCAUCAACUCAAGCCGGUCGUUUCCAGCAGCUCUUUGGUGUCCUCGACCUCCUCAAAAUCGUCCAGCUCUCCGACACUAACAACCAUUUCGUCACAAUCCCUGACUUCUACAGGCUCUAUUAGUACCCAAAGCACUUCCAGCAAAAUUUCCUUUAGCAGUACUAGCUCUACUUCCGCGUCCCCAACACCAGAAUUGAAGCCGAAAGUUGGAGCGUAUUCCUUCCAAGGAUGCUACACCGACUCUCAGACAGCUCGUGCUCUUACCGCGGUGCAAGUUAUUAACUACCAGACUAUGACAUUGGAGACUUGCGCUGGAAUCUGCGCUGGAUACACAUACAUGGGCGUCGAAUACUGGGGAGAGGUACGUUUCCUCAUUUCUCUGAAAGAGUAUCUUUUAACGUUUCGUGUAGUGCUACUGUGGCAACACCCUCAACGCUGCAUCACUUAA